AGACAAACGUGCCGUCCGCGCUCUGCCGAUAACUUUACUCCUCACCCCGAAGAGAGAGAGAGAGUUACCCGAAGCGGCCAUCAGCGGCUUGUUUGCGGGCAGCCUGCACCGGUCCACCGCGCGCCGCCACCAUGCUGCUACCGACCGGCACGCUGCUCCUGCUGGCGGCUCUCUGCUGCAGCCUAGACCCGACGGGCGCCGAGGGCUGCGGGGCAUCAUGUGGAAAAUGUGACUGCAGUGGUGUGAAAGGAGGAAAGGGUGAGCGUGGAUUUCCUGGUCUUCAAGGUAACAUGGGAUUUCCAGGAAUGCAGGGACAUGAAGGUCCUCCUGGACCAAUGGGCACCGCGGGAGGUCUGGGUGACCACGGAUCUCCUGGACUGAAGGGAGUGCGGGGUCCUUCUGGUCUGCCAGGUUUCCCAGGAAACGCAGGACUACCAGGUAUCAAUGGAAACGAUGGCCCACCAGGUGUGCAUGGUAUCCCAGGAUGCAAUGGGACUAAAGGAGACAGAGGGGGGGAUGGCACUCCUGGUUAUGCUGGUCUUCAAGGACCUCCUGGUAUCUCAGGAAUUCCUGGAAUGAAGGGCGACCCUGGCGGUGUUAUCGGGAUUGUCCCCCUGAGAGGAGACAGAGGAUUCCCCGGGACACCUGGAUUACCUGGAUCAAAUGGACUUCCUGGACCCAUCGGACCUCCAGGACAUCGAGGAUAUCAUGGACCCAAAGGUGAAACUGGAUUCCCCGGCCCUCCUGGAGAGAUGGGUGACAAGCUGUCCUUUGAGAGUGAGAAAGGAGAUAAGGGUGACCCAGGUUUCCGUGGCCCCCCCGGCCCUCCCGGACCUCCAUCACAGGGAGUGGAAGGAUACACCACCGUGCACAUCCCUGGACCACGGGGUGAGUUAGGAGGACUGGGGGAGAAAGGAGACAAAGGCUAUUGCACCCCACAUCUUAACGGUGUCAAAGGUGAAAUCGGUCCACCUGGAGGAAUAGGUAAAUCUGGCAAGGGUGGAGAGAACGGGCCACAGGGAGAAAAAGGCUUCUCCGGAUCCCCUGGAUACACUGGUUCUCAGGGUGAAAAGGGAGAAAGAGGACCACCAGUUCAUGGUGAUGGUGAUGGUUCCCCUGGGCCUUCCGGUCCUCCUGGAUUUCCAGGAUUAGAAGGAGAAAAAGGUUUUGCUGGUCCUCAGGGGGAGGCAGGUCCACCAGGCCGCUACGCCGAAGGGCCUCGAGGGGAGAGCGGUCAGACGGGAAGCGCUGGAGAGAAAGGAGACAGGGGUCUCGAUGGAGAGUCUCUCGUUGGACCUCCAGGACAACCAGGGACCUCUGGACAAGCCGGACCCCCGGGAAUACCGGUUAACCCUAAUGAAUGUGACAUUGAGAAAGGAGCUCCUGGCCCCGCUGGACCUCCAGGGUUACAAGGGGAAUUGGGACAGAAAGGUGACUUUGGAGAUACGUGUGUUCAGUGUGAGAGCUUCGGCCCUCCUGGAGCAUCUGGUCCAGAAGGGCCCAAAGGAGAUCGAGGACCUCCGGGGCCAGUAGGCGGUAAGGGAGAUAAGGGCGUGUCCGGCUUUUCUGGAGAACCUGGAAGACCCGGUUCUGCAGGUAUUCCUGGCUUGAUUGGAAAACCCGGUGCCGUUGGUGAGCCAGGAGACAUCUUUGCAGCUCCGGGUCUGAAGGGGGACGAAGGUCUGCCCGGUCUCUCUGGUACAUCAGGGCAGCCAGGACUGGAUGGACAGCCAGGGAGAGACGGCCUCCCAGGUAUACCUGGCUUCAAAGGAGAAUCGGCCCAAGAAGGCCUCAAGGGUGAGCACGGACCCGCUGGGGACCCCGGUGUGACUGGGCCUCCAGGUGAGAGGGGUCAACCGGGCCUGCCGGGCUUCGGCCGGCCAGGAGAGUCUGGAGAGAACGGCAGUGCGGGGAGACCCGGCAUUCCUGGAACUCCUGGACCCGCUGGUGAAAAAGGGGACUCGGGUAAAGGUCUGAGCACUCCUGGACCUCAAGGAGUACCUGGACCACACGGCAACACUGGCAUACCUGGACUUCCAGGUGACAUGGGUCUGCAUGGAGACCCUGGGGUGCCGGGCUUUCCUGGACAUAAGGGCGACCAAGGCCACCCUGGAAUUGGAUUCCCAGGCCCACACGGCCCUAAAGGAUUCAAUGGACUUCCAGGAGACUCAGGAUUAACAGGAGAUCCUGGAAAACCAGGACAGGAAGGCUUGAAUGGAGAACCUGGUCGACCUGGACCAAAAGGUGAACCGGGGCAGGGUCUCCCAGGCUUAAAAGGUUCUCAGGGUCCCCCAGGAACUAUUGGCUUCGAGGGAGAAAAGGGUUCCAUUGGACAGCCGGGUAUUCCCGGUCAGGAAGGCCAGACGGGACCCGCCGGGCCUCAGGGAGUCAAAGGUGGCGUGGGACCCCCGGGGACCCCUGGGCAGGUUGGCCUACCAGGUGCUCCAGGUAAAGGCUCCCCUGGAGCUCCUGGACCACAAGGACCAGCUGGAGACCAAGGGCCGUACGGUGGGCAUGGUGUUAAGGGAGAUAAGGGCUACCCGGGUCCUUCUGGUCUGGACAUGCCGGGUCCUCAGGGAGAGAAGGGAGCCCCCGGGUUCCCAGGAGGCCCAGGUUCUAACGGACUCUCCGGGCCACCGGGCUUCCUUGGCCGGGAUGGACUUGUUGGAAACCAAGGUGUUAAAGGUGAAAUGGGGGUCAUGGGGACACCAGGAGUACCAGGAUAUCCUGGACCACCUGGAUUAGAUGGAUCUUCUGGACUCAGAGGUGAUCCCGGUCUUACUGGACCCAUAGGUGUUAUUGGAGAGUUUGGAAGUAAAGGAGAAAGGGGGGACCAAGGUCUGCAGGGCCCGGCUGGGAACAUGAGCGACGUGGACAUGGAGCACAUGAAGGGGGAGAAGGGAGACCUCGGAAACUCAGGUAGCUAUGGGUCCACUGGAGAGAAGGGCCACCGAGGACUUCCUGGUAACCCUGGAAUGCCGGGCGAAAAUGGAGAGUCUGGGUUACUUGGACAGCCAGGUGAGAAAGGAGCCUCUGGUUUUCCCGGAGACUCGGGCAGGAUGGGACCCAACGGUCAGAAAGGCAGCGGGGGCGACAUGGGAAUACCGGGUGUGUCUGGUCCCAAGGGUACGAAGGGAGACAUCGGUACAUCGGGUCAUCCUGGAUUCAGAGGCACCGACGGACAGACAGGAGACAAGGGAGCCUACGGAGAACCCGGCAUUGGGCUAGCAGGAGUUCCCGGAGAUAAGGGUCACACAGGCCAGCCGGGAUUCCCAGGAUCAUCCGGGGAGAGAGGUCUGAAGGGUCACGAGGGGAUGCCCGGCAAGCCAGGAGUGCAGGGCACCAGAGGAGAAAAGGGGCUCAUUGGUUACACGGGUCAGUCGGGUCGACCGGGUGAGAAGGGAACCGCGGGGCUUUCGGGGGCUUCAGGAGAAACGGGUGUUGACGGGCGGUCUGGUGAAGGAGGCCUUCAGGGACCGCCUGGAGAACCUGGAGAGAAGGGAGACCCUGGAGUGGAUGGUAUCCCUGGAUCCUCAGGGGAGAGAGGAGGCCCAGGGCUAACUGGACACGGCUUCCCUGGACCACACGGGGUGCAUGGGGGCAAAGGUGACAAAGGUGGCCAUGGCUUCCCCGGCACUCCCGGUCAUCCCGGUGUCUCUGGUAUCAAAGGGGACAAGGGCCUCUCAGGCUCCAUGGGGCCCCAGGGGGAGACAGGAGAGCGGGGGCUCAUGGGAGUCUCCCCGGAGGGCCCCAAGGGAGCGACGGGAGAGGCGGGAGCAGGAGGAGAAUCAGGGUCCUCAGGAGCACCAGGAGCCUCUGGAGUGCCAGGCAGGGAUGCCGAGAAGGGGGACAAAGGAGACCAAGGCCUGCCCGGCUUCCAGGGAGAGUCUGGACACAAGGGAGGCCCCGGAGCCGCCGGUCUGUCGGGACAAACUGGCCUUCCAGGUAUCGAUGGCCAGAGGGGAGAGAGGGGCCUGCAGGGCGUCCAUGGCUUCCCAGGGACGAGGGGUAAUUUCGGGGACAUUGGAUUCAAAGGAGAAGUUGGAGACCAAGGAUUCUCAGGAGAGAAUGGCAAGGACGGACCCCCCGGCCUCCCCGGGCCCAGCACCUUCACCAAAGGAGAUCCUGGGUUCCUAGGGAUACAGGGCCUACCGGGUCCCCAGGGGCCGUAUGGGCUUCCUGGACACAAAGGACAACAAGGCAUGACGGGUAUCUCGGGGCCAAAAGGUGAAGAUGGCAUUCAUGGGUAUAACGGCCAGUCUGGAGCCAAAGGAGACACCGGCCUCCCGGGCCCACAGGGACCCAGAGGACACCCCGGCCCCUCAGGACCUAACGGCGUUCCAGGUCAAGUGGGUCACCCCGCCUCGUCCAUGGAUCACGGCUUCCUGGUGACCCGCCACAGCCAAACGGUGGAGGUUCCUCUGUGUCCCGAGGGAACCUCGCUCAUAUAUGACGGCUACUCGCUGCUCUACAUUCAAGGCAACGAGCGCUCCCACGGCCAGGACUUAGGUACGUCGGGCAGCUGUCUGAGGAAGUUCAGCCCCAUGCCCUUCCUGUUCUGCAACAUCAACAACGUGUGCAACUUCGCUUCUCGUAACGACUACUCCUAUUGGCUCACCUCCCCGGAGCCCAUGCCCAUGACCAUGGCGCCCAUCACCGGCGAAGGCAUCAAACCCUUCAUCAGCAGGUGUUCUGUGUGUGAAGCGCCAGCCAUGAUCAUAGCGAUUCACAGCCAGACCAUCAUGAUCCCAGUAUGCCCUCACAGCUGGGACUCUCUCUGGAUUGGCUACUCCUUUGUCAUGCACACCAGUGCUGGUGCUGAGGGAUCCGGCCAGGCUCUGGCCUCUCCCGGCUCCUGCUUGGAGGAAUUCCGCAGUGCUCCGUUCAUCGAGUGUCACGGCCGAGGAACCUGCAACUACUACGCCAACUCCUACAGCUUCUGGCUCGCCACCAUUGAAGACAACGAGAUGUUUAGGAAACCUGUCCCCGCGACGCUAAAAGCAGGCAAUCUGCGAACACACAUCAGCCGCUGUCAGGUGUGCAUGAAGAGGACAUAGAGCCCGACUCCAGACUCCUCCUCCCUCACCCGCCAGCGCCAUGGCGUCCGCUGACGUGCUCCACUUGGCUUAACUCGCUGUUUCCAAACGAUGGUGCUAUUUCCCUGCAUGUGUGGGAGGAGAAGGACGGAGGUGUGUUUUGCAAAACAGACGAGACGUUUCAAACUCAGAGACCAAGCGGAACACGACGCGAUCCCAGCACGUCUCUAAAGACCUGACCCAGUUUACCACUGCACUGAGUACAUGCCCCCGAACCUGGUAAACUGGUGUUCACGGUGUGUGAGUCAGGUGCUAUACAAUCUUACUUAUCUGC